GCGUGGGUGAGAGUUCACUUUCAUUGUGCCAGAAAGACCAAUGCAAAUACAAGCAACCGAGGUUGUUCUGUUCCUUUGCUCACACUUUUGACUAUUGUCAUUUGCCAACUUAACUUGCUUCUCUAACGUAAUUUCUUCAUUUUCAUUGUCUUGUUUUGCUCGUCACACUCUCUGCUUGCUUUCCCCAGAUUUCAAUUUCCCUUUGCACCUCAAAUUUCUCCCCUUUUCCUUUCUGGGUCUCCAUCUAUUUUUUUUUUUUUUUUUUGGGUCAAAUAUGAAGAUGAUGGGUGUUCCUUAGCCAUUGAGAAUCUAAGAUUUGGAGAGAAAAAUGAAGGAUUUCCCUGGGACACCGGGCACUGGUCUUGGUUUGGCUCUAAGGAUAUCACAGUUCGUUUUUGCUGCUGGAUCAAUUGCUUCCAUGGCUACCACUCCCAGUUUCUUUAACUUUACGGCUUUUUGUUACUUGAUAGCUUCAAUGGGUUUACAAGUCAUUUGGAGUUUUGUGCUUGCUUUAUUGGAUGCAUAUGCCUUGGUGAAAAAAAAGGUCCUCCACAACGCUGUACUGGUUAGCCUCUUUGUAGUUGGAGAUUGGGUAACAGCAACACUAUCUCUAGCUGCAGCGUCUUCCUCAGCUGGCAUCACGGUUUUAUACUUUAAUGAUCUGGGACACUGCCAUUUUGGAGAGGAAUGCCAAAAGUACCAGAUUUCAGUAGCAUUAGCCUUCUUGAGCUGGUUCCCAAUUUCAAUAUCAUCCCUAAUCAUGCUUUGGCUAUUAGCUGCAGGGUAGCAGACUCUAUAUUCCGCCCAAGUUCUCUCUUCCAACACAUGUUCAUCUUAUUGGAAAUUCUUAGAAAGUGUCAAUAGAAAAGAAAGUAGAGUAGAUGCUUACACUCAUUUAAAUUGAUUCCUUCAUUUCUACCGGAAAUGGGACAGUACUGGCAGAUUGUAAAAACUAAAAAUGCAUACAUGAUUUUUCCAUGCAAAGAAAUUAGGCUACCAAAGUGUUAUGCUGAUUUCCUGAUCCUGUGAUUGAAGGUUAAACUUUUAUGUUUACCGGGAAUUGGGUUGCUAACAUAUGUUUUUGCCAACAUAUGCUAGAGAAAGGGUUUGUGUUUGUCUUCGGAUUAUUUAUGUCCAUAAAUCAUUUUCUUACAGCUGCUA